AUGUCCCCUGAUUAUGUGACGAAGGACGAGAAUCUGGACGACUACAUCUGGCAGACGUACCUCGAUGCUUCCAAAGACGAAGACAAAGCUCGGCCGAAAAACUGGGAAGGCAGCACGAAUGGGAUACUGACAUUCACCGGUCUAUUCGCAGCUACUGUUGCGGCGUUCAUUGUCGAAAGUUACCCCCUACUAUCUCCUGACUCCAGCGACAGAACGAACGCCCUCCUAGAGCAGCUCUUUGUUGCCAUUUCGAAUAUGUCCUCGAACCACCCUGUGUUUGUUCCGGCCCCAGAGCCUUUCUCAGCGCCGUUCGCAGCCGUUGUCAUCAACGUCUUCUGGUUUUGGAGUUUGCUCAUCGCGCUCAUGUGCGCGUUGCUCUCCACUCUCGUCCAAGAAUGGUCCCGUGCAUACGUGCAGGAUAUCAGUGGUCGCAAGAUCCUUCACGAGGACUUACGAAGCCGUGCAAUCGACCAUGUCUUCAUACGCAUGGGCGUGAACCGCUACGGGAUGGACCAAUUCGUCUCUUGGAUCGUCGCACUCGUGCACCUCUCUGUCUGCCUGUUUGUUUGUGGUCUUGUGGUCUUUUUGUUCAGCAUCAACUCGACUGUCGCGGGAAUGUCCACUGGCCUACUUGGGACAUUCUUUCUCACGUAUUGCGUCGGAAGCUUGCUCUCCGUCUUGGAUCCAAGCUGUCCUUAUAAAACGCCAGCCUCCUACGUGUUGGCCACCAUCCAGUGGAUCAUACAUCGACUCAGAUCUGCUGCAAAAGACCGGCGGCAUAAAAACCGUAUGGGGUCUAGUGGCGACGAAUAUAACCUUGAUGACAUCGUCACAAGACGUCAUGCCGGCGUCCGGAAGAACUUGACUGAUCAUCAAUUCGUAUUUCUGUGGGUCAAUACCUACGCUCAUAUUCCACGGGAACAGUUCGGCAACCUUGUCAAAGGACUCGUGGGGUUCGUCAAGUCUCAAGGGAGUCCUAUAUCCUUCUUAAGCCACCUAGGCGCAGACGAAAGGCUCAUGCAUAGCUUGAGCUGGUACCUGCGGGAGAUAUACACCUCCAUAACAUCGAAUCCGGAACCCUUGCAUCUACAACUUGAUACAGAUGUCUUCGAACUCGUGGUGUUACUGUCAGAAGGGAUGUUUGUUGUUGAAGUGUCGCAUCACGGCGAGGAUAUCGAUGAGGACAUUUGCACUUGCUCGUUUCUUCUAGACGCCAUUGGUGAGAUCUCACGAAUAGCCGAUGUUCGCGGACCGUCUCAACUCUUGGCACGAGUUUGUCUCGCCCGCGUACGGUGGUCCUUGCUCAAGUUGUGCUAUACAGCAUUCGAGAAGAAGAUGCCAACCGUUGGUUCUGGAGAAGUACCUCAUUUCAUUCGUCAUACGUCUCGCUACGGUUUCCGACUUAAUGGCCGCCAUCCUAUCGGCGUCUUAUUGGCGACGAUUACUGGGUACUAUGACGGCAAUAGGUGGACACACAGGGAUACAUCUUCGCUGCUACCUCUGCACGAUGACGCUUGCUGCACUGAUUGGAAGAGUGCUCUAACCCUCGAGGGCCUCACGCAUGUGAUAGCAUGCAAUGCGUUCUCAACGGUUGCGUACCUGUUGGAAUCUACCGACGUCCAAAGAGAGAACGUGGAGAACGUUCUCCACGGCUUCUUCUUUAGAGUCUCAACGUGGAACAAGACCUUGAAUAUGCUAGAGACCUGCAAACAGAAGAUGCCGUCCAGUCACUUCACUUCAGUCUUGCGAUCGGCGGGAUUUGACGAGUGGCUAGAGCCGGGGAGCAAGUUCAACAUCAAGCCUCACGAUGGGCCCAACUUCAAGUUCCUGACCACAGACCAUGCUAAGAGAUGUGGACCUCACUGUGUCCAUCUCCUCAAAGAGCUCGCGGAGCGCGUCAACUUCGUGGCUUACCAUGCCGCCAAUGUCACGAGGUCAUCGACCGAGGCACUGGCAAAAGGAGAGUCCGAAGUCCAACCUGGGAUCCCGCGGUAG